CGCAGUUCUUUGAUGACAUUUAUUUGGCAUCAAUUUGUGCAAAAUGACAAUGAAAGAAUUAAAAAGACAAAAAUAGACUUAUUUAAUCAAAAAUGUGUGAAGGCAUUAAAAAAAAUAGUAAAUUCCUUUGACAGUUGAAGUGCAAAAUACUAAAAUAUAUCUACUAAACUGGGAUAGUAAUAUAAAUAUUUUCAAAAAUGGUUGUUGCUUGCACCCAAGGUUUAAUAAAAAGUAGUAAUAUGACAAUAUCUAAAAAAUUUUCGUUUUCUACUUCGAGCCUUCCAUUUAUACAAAGAAAUUAUUUUAAUUAUACUAAAAAUGUGCCUAGUAUUAUUUCAAGAUAUGAUACAUUGGUGAGGUUAUGUUGUGCUUGUCGUAGGUUUCAUUCCACUGACUAUUUUCAGACUUCUAGAGAAUCUAGAGCGGUGUUAACCCCACAAGAGGUAGAUAGUAUUUUGCGUGCCAACGAAUACACACACGAAUUUACCGGAGGUUCAAUAAAGUCUUACGACUCAAAUCAGUUAGGAUCCAAUAAUCCUAUCGAAGAUACUAGAUCUGAGGCAUCAUGUUUAUUAACAACGGGAUUUCUAGUAGGGGUCUUUGAUGGACAUGGUGGAGGGGCAUGUGCCCAAGUGGUAGCAAAACGUCUUUACAAGUACAUUACGGCAUGUCUGCUACCUUAUGAAAACUUGAUGGAGUAUGUAUCGUCAUUCACGAAAUCGAAUCCUCAACUUAUACAAACUUAUAAUGACAAAGUACAGUUUGUUGAUGACAUCAGAGAGAUAUACUCCAAGAGUUUUCUCAGAUUUAUUAAAGAUCUGUCAGAGUCAGGUCAAAAACGGAAUCUUAAUAUUCAGGAAGCGAUGCAGAAGGCUUUCUUGAGAUUGGACGAAGAUCUUUCUCAAGAGGCCCUACCAAAGAAGGGGGAAAAGCUAAAUCUGAAAACUAUGUCAGUGGCUAUGUCAGGAGCUGUAGCUUGCGUAGCCCACAUUGACGGACCUCAUCUGCAUGUGGCUAACGUCGGAGACAGUUGUGCAGUCUUAGGUACUCUAUCUGAGACUAAUUCUUGGGUCGCCAAGAAAUUAACGAACGAGCACAACACCUACAAUCAGUCGGAAGUAGACAGGAUAAUAAAGGAGCAUCCUUACAACGAGAGCAGAUCCGUUAUCAAAAUGGACAGGCUUUUGGGGCAGCUGGCGCCGUUACGUUCGAUAGGCGACUUUAGGUUUAAGUGGAGCAAGGAAAUAAUGACUUCUAUCGUCGCGAAGCACUUCGGAGAUCACGUUAUCCCACCGAACUACCUCACGCCGCCAUACCUCACGGUUCUUCCGGAAAUUACCCACCACAGGCUCACGUCCAAAGAUAAAUUCUUAAUUAUCGCAACAGACGGCUUGUGGGACGAAAUAACUCCUCUUCAAGCGGUGAAACUCGUCGGCGAGCACAUGAAGGGCAAAGUGACGUUAAAUCCGUUAAAAUUGCCCAGGAGGAACAUGACGUUAAGUGAAAUAAACGAAAUGCUGCUGCAAAGGAAAGAGGGGUUGAAAAUGAAACCCAAAGACUCGAAUGCCGCCACUCACAUUAUUAGGAACGCUUUAGGUGGUACCGAAUUCGGAAUAGACCACAUGAAAAUCUCGGAGUUGCUCAGUUUACCCGACGCCGUAGUUAGAGUUUUUAGGGACGAUAUAACUGUAACUAUCGUUUAUUUCGAUUCUGAGUAUCUUAGACAUUGCCCUGCGUAAACGCAAGGUUAAACGUUGUCUGUACAAACUUGUAAUUAUAUACAUAUUUAUUUGUUCUUCCAGUGACUGCACAAUUACAGCUUGUUGACUUUAUGCUGAACGUUUUCAAACACUGUUAUAAAUAGCCAAAUAUUGUAUGAAUUUUUUUUAAAUGCAUACUGUCGAUGAUGUUACUGUGAUGUUAGUAGUCAAUUUUUAUGAGUUAAUAUAAGUGGGAACUACGACAUUUAAAUGUGUUGGGUUGACGUAAUUAACAAACUGAUAUUCUAGUCUGUUCGGCGUAGAUUUAAAACUACUUAAAUUGAUUCGGCAUAGAGCGACAAUAAGCAAUUAUCAAUGUCGUAGUUCCCACUAUUGUUUCUAUGUCUUUAACAUUUGAAUAUGUGAUUUGCUAUUUAUGGCUUUAGAAAUAAAAUAAGUUCCUAUUAUUUA